AUGAGGCGCUUCUUCAUGGACCACAGGGGAGAACAGUCACCCACUGAUGGGACCCUCAGUGUGACCAGCCCUGAGUCCACAGGAGAGAAUAUGGAAUUGUGCCGGCCAGGUGGUGUUCAAAGGGAGGAAACAUCUCCGCGGCCAGGACCUGCCCUUCCCCAUGAGAAGGACAUCUGUUUCACAGCCCGGGCUCGGGGGAUGCUGGGCUGGAGUAGCUCUCCAUCGUCCCAGUCCUCAGAUUACCAGUCCUACUCCCAGUACCAGUCUUGCUACUCCUGUAUGUACAAUGACCAGGAUGCCGCCCCACAGAGUGUGUGCGCCUUAUACACCCGAGUGCAAACAGUGCGCGGAGUGGCAGUGGCCUGGGAGACAGAGACUGGUUUCCAGCCGGUCAGCAGAAAGCCCCGCAUCCACGAAGCUGAGUUCAUCAAGAGACAGAGGCAGAAAGGCUCUUCCUUUGAGUUGGCUUCCAACACUGACCUGCACUGGGACUUGGAAGCCAGCAAAAACAACUGCUGCCCAGACACCGACGAUGCAGAACUGCGGAGCCUGGAGGGCUGCCUCCAGGACCUGCAGACACACCCAGACUGGCUGGUCACCACCAACUAUGGGCUCCGCUGCUUGGCCUGCUGCCGCGUCUUUCCCACGCUGGAGGCCUUGCUGGAGCAUGCCCAACACGGCAUCCGAGAGGGCUUCAGCUGCCAGAUUUUUGAGGAGAUGCUGGAGAGGAGGAGGACCCAGGGCCAAGAGCAGGACCAACAGCUGGAGGAGGAGGAACAAAGCCUUUCCAACAGUAGUGAAUGUUCCAGGUCCGAUAGCAAGGUGCUUCUUUCACAGCAAGAGAAGGAGGGGGAGAAGCAACAGCAGCAGCAGCAACAGCAGCAGCAGCAGCAGCAGCAGCAGCAGCAGCAGCAGCAGCAGUGAGCUGGAGGUGAGGUGCCCACCCCUGCCCUCACCUGUAGCACCUGGGGCUGCUCCUUCCCCAGUCAGCAGGAUCAGAGCCACCAGGGCAGGGAGAGAGGACCAGGAAGAAAUCAAUGGAGUUUGGAGCAGCAAGACAGGAGGGGAAGAGACCCUUCCCCAGGGCACAGCAUUUCCACCAGAGUCCGUUUCAAAACCUGAAUCCAAAG